AUGUCUACCGCCCUCCCCUCACCCCUCACCCCCGCCCCCCCGCCGGGCUUCUUCCGGCGACUCUUUGUUUUCUCCGACGACCGCGUACCCCCCCUUUUCCCCCCACCCCGAGCGAGCCCGGGGUUGGGGCUGGGGGGCAGCGGGCCGCGGGCCGAUCCCCAGCCGGGGCCGCCGCCACCGCCGCCUCCUGAUCCCUGUUCCGGGGCUGCAGCAAGUGGUCUCGCGGGGAGGCCAGAGGCUGCGAGUCCGCGGGUAAGGGAAAGCGUCCUGAGGCAGGAAGGAGGAGGAGGGGCGGACUCGGAAAUCCGAGCUCCCAGCAGAGCUUCCUCACUCAGCUCAACUGGGGAAGUUCGCAUCCGGCCUGAGUGCCCGGACAACGCAACCCGUCCGGCGCUUAACUUAGGCAGCGCUUUCAACGAACCCCCUCCGCCGCUGGCUCCCCAGAGCAGAGCUGAGCUGACCCCCAUCCCCCAAUCCUCGGUCCCCGGCAGCUCCCUCAGCCUCCACGCCUUCCCAGCCUGGGGCCCGAAGAUCAAGCAGCCACUCCCCCUCCCCGCUGACCCGUCGACCUCCACCUCAGGGCUCAACCCCCUCUCAUUCAUGGUCCUGGAGUCUGGGUGGGUGAGGGCGCCUGCGGGAGACCCAGCUACUGAAGUGAGAGACAGCGGGACUGCCACCAUCCCUUCUUCCUUCUUGGGGCUAGACGAGUCAGCCGGUCCUGGAGUACGGGUUCACCGGGUUCCCAGAGCUGCAGCUCCCGGGACGUACGGGCGGGCUCCAGCUGCACGGAUCCUCCGGUCCCCAGUGCUUCCCUCGGUCUCUGUGCUCGCGGCCGCAGCGCCCCCGAGUCCCGGUUACUCUCUGGCCCGCGCGCCACCGCGCGCUCAGCCUCUCGUCAUGUUGCCUCGGCAGCCCUGUUGCCAGCGGGCCCCCCCCGCCCCCCUCCCCAGCAGCCCGCUACCUGCCUCCCUCCUCCCCUCCGGCCGCCGCCUAGUGGAACGGUCCGCGGACCUCACCAUCUGCUCCUCGAAGCGCGGGGCCCCGGCUCCUGCUGCGCAGCCCCCUCAAUCCCACCCCGUGCUCCCUACAGAGUGGAAUGGUCUGUGGGCCUCACCAUCUGCGCCCCCUGGGAGAGGAGGUGGGGCAGAAGAGGUCAAAAAGAUGUAA